UUGUUUUCAGGUAUUGUUGCCCAUGUCUUAUCACCAUUUUCCAGAGGACUACAUUUCUGUCGAGUGAGAAAGACAUCUUACACCAUGGAUGGAUUCUGCCUUCUCUAUCUGCUCCUGAUCCUCUUGAUGAGAUCUGGUGACGUUGAAACCAAUCCAGGUCCGAACACUGCAGUAAGUACUGUCAGUGAAAUGGAGUUCCUGAAGCUGGCCCAGGACAUCGCUCCAUCUUACUAUAACGCUGUAGGGAUAUCUCUAGGGUUCUCCUAUGCUCAACUACAGGCAAUCCUGGUUGAGAAUUUGAAGAACUACACCAAUGCCUUACUGGAUGUCUUUAUGAAAUGGAAUGUCAUGCAGCAACCUUCACACUCAAACAAACGACAGCUUUUGGCAGACAGACUACGAGAGAUUGACUUGGGUUCCCUAUCAGACGGAUUACUCAAUGGACCUCCAAUUCCAAACAGCACAGGAGGGCCAUCAAGACUGACAGAAUCACAGACCAAACCUCCUUCAGCUGAAUUUCAGACCAAACCACUUUCUCCUGAACUGGUUGAGCGGUGUGCAAAUGAUUUCAAGUUCAAGUACAGGUCAACUCUUUGUAAGAUCAGAGCUGAUCCUCUCAAUCCUGCUUCUGUUGUGCAGUUUAAAGAAAUGUAUACUAAUCUGUUCUUACAAGAAGAACAUGGAACAGAGAAGCGAAAGCUAAAUUUCAAUGAUAUCCUUGGUAUCAGAGUCAAUGGAGAGUUCCCCAGGCGGAUCAUGGUUCAGGGAGAGGCUGGGGCUGGAAAGACUACCUUUUGUGCCAAGAUUGCCUGGGACUGGAUGAGAGGGGAGUAUUUCAGUGACUUUGUGUGGGUCUUGAUUGUUCCUCUACGUGAAUUUAAGCAGCACACUAUUGGCGAGAUUGCAAAGUCUUAUCUGGCCAAAACCAAUUCAGCAACAGUUUCUCAGAUUACUGAGUAUAUCCGCUCAAAUUCUGACAAGGUAUUUAUCGCUUUCGAUGGGCUAGACGAAGUCAGUGGCAAAAUCAUGAAGACAGAAUCUUGUGAAUCACAGCCUACUGAUCAAAUGCAACUUCAGCCAUCACAGCCAAGUGUCACCUCCUCAGAGGCAUGUGGAAGCUUAUCUGAGACUGGUGAUAUUGGACUUGUAGAUAUUCUUUGUUCGGAUCAACUUGCCUCUUGCCCAGUCUUGGUGACGACUCGCCCAUGGAGAGCAGUAGAGUUUAGAUCAGAUGGUGAUCUAAUGAAGCUCUACACAUUCAUUCAUGUUGAGGGUUUCGACAGAGAGAAUUUGUCAGUUUACAUUCACAAAUACUUUCCAAACAAUGAUGAUAAAGCAAAUCAGCUUAUCCAGUUCACCAUUGAUAAUGAUAUCAUAUCUGAAUACAUGGCCCACUAUCCUAUAUAUGUAGCCAUGUUGUGUCUUAUGUGGAAACAACUUGAUGAGCCAAAACUAAAGGAAAUGAAAUCACUGAAAACCUUUUCUCAGAUAUUCAAUGAAAUGAUUGGCUUUCUAAAAGAACAUUAUGCUCAGAAAGAGGUGAAGAAAGUAGGCAGCCCCUCACUUAAUGCCUAUUUGAAAAAAAUUGAUGAGCUUCUUGGACCUAUUGCCAAACAGGCCCUCAAUGGUCUGCUAGAAAAUGCAUUGGUUUUCAGUGAAGAUGAUUUCGAAAUAUGCCCAGAAUCCAAGGACACUGCCUGUCGGGUUGGGAUUUUGUCUCAGGAGGACAGAAUUACCACUAGCAUGGACAUGCAUGAGAGGAAUCCUCAUGUGCAAUUGCAUGUCUUCUUCCCUCACAAACUGUUUCAGGAGUAUAUGGCUGGAGUCCAUCUUGCUUCCCUAUAUGAAUCAAAUCGUAAUGAACUCCACAGGCUGAUUGAGCAAGUAGUGCUGCCAAGAAAGGAGGAGUUUAGGUAUCUCCUGUACUUCACUGUGUCACAUAACAAAAGCAUUGCAGCCCAUAUAAUGAGGUCUAUGCUACAUGAUAUAUCCAUGAACAGAGGGGCUUCACUGCAGGAACAGAAUAUAGAUUUCAUUGUUGAUGUAGCCUUUGAGAGUCAGGACCCAGAUGUAGCAGCCUUGGUGAAGGCCAUGAUUUCAUCAGAGAAGAGUGUGCUGGGCGACACAUCAGCACACACUGUAGCUGGUUAUGUAUUCACUGGGGUACCUGUGGUAAGUUUAAUCAUUGAUUGAUAACCACAAUUAGUUUAUCCAUUUUUGUACAAGUAAUUCAUCUUUUGUAAUUUUAUCAUAGUACAACAGUAAAAUCAUGGAAGGGUGUAUCCCAACUAGCACAUGUGCUAUUAUCUGUACUAUUA